AUGAAUUUAGAAACCGAUAGUAUACGUUAUGCUCAUGGCCCGGGACAUACCGACAUUUGUUACAGUACGGAUUACAGACGCAUAUACACUUGUGGGAGUGAUGGAUAUGUUCGAAUUUGGGAUGGUCCAAACGAUGAUGAUUCGAAUUCCGAUUUUGUUGCUGAUCAGGCUCUUUCUGUCGUUUGUCAUAAAGACCAAUAUCUGGUGGCUACUAGUAAUAAUUAUGUCCUUGCUUAUUCAUGUGAGGACAGAAAAAGAAAUAAUAUAUUAUUUAAAUUUUCAGCACCUGUGACACAAGUCAGUGUCAGUGCUAGUGGUAAAUUUAUAGCUGCAUGUUCGUGUGACAUGGAAAUUCAAUUAUUAGAAACUAAUAGUAAUAAAAUAACAACUCUUACUGGCCAUACAGCACCAGUUUUAGGAAUUUCACUUGAUCCUGCUGAUGAAUAUUUGGUAUCUUCCAGCUGUGAUGGAACGAUAAAAAUUUGGAAUUUAUCAAUGGGAAAAGUUGUUAAGGACUUUAAAAAUAUGAUACCAGUUAAAAAUGAUUUUUUUAAAGCUCUUGUUUUAGGGCGUUCUGCCUGGAAAAGCAUAAAAGGGGCUGUUUUAGCUGUGCCCAAAAAUUUAGAGGUGAUUGUUUUCAAAAGAGAAUCUUGGGAUGAAGUUUGCAAAUUGACAUCGAAUAAUUUAGAAAAUGAUUUAUCAAUUGUUUUAUUUUCUCCUUGUGGAAAUUUUUUAGUAGGAGCUUCUAUCGCAGGUGAAUUAAUAAUUUGGGAAAUUGCAAAAAAGAUUGAAAUAGCUUACUUUGUGGAUCCUAAGAAAGUUGGAAUUUCCAGCCUUGCUUGGCAUUGUGAUGGAGAUGAAAUUUUAUUUUGUGAUAGACUUGGAAGACUAAGUGUUAUAACUGGUUUAUGUGAUGCAUUCAGUUGCAAUUUUGAAUUUAAUGAAGGCAAAAAAAUAAAAAAUAAAGAAAUAAUUGUCGAAGAACAAAGCAAAGAUCUUACAUUGAAUGCGGAUGAUGAUUAUAAUGAAAACGACGAUAAUAAUGAUUAUGAAAAUUCUAUUGAAAAAAUAAAGGCAGCGCAUAGCUUGGAAGAUAAUGAUGAUGAUAAUAAUAGUGAAAAUAGUAGGGAUGUCGAUGAAGAAUCUAUAAAUUCGGAUAAAUUAAAAGAAAUAACUCAGUCGGCAAUUUUUUUACCAGAACCACAAAAACCGUUUCAGCCGUCUUCUACGCCUAAAAAUUUUGAACCUCGAUGUCUUUGUUUUAAUGAAAUUGGCAUUGUGAGAUAUUAUGAUUCAGAUAAAACUGUAGAUAUUCAGUUUAGCGACAGUACAUUUCAUCAUUCUCUAUUUCUAAGAAGUUUUGGAAUUUGUACUAUGGCGGCAUUAAGUGACAAAGUUUUAAGUCUAGCUGUACCCGCUAUAGAUGAUAAUUUAAGUAAGCUUACUUGCGUAAAUUUAACUUCGUCUACCGGUAAUAAAGAAUGGACUAUUUUAAUGCCUCAAAAUGAAGAUAUUUUGGCCGUUGCAGCUUCUGGAAAUUGGGUAGCUGUCGCUACGAGUUCAAAUUUUUUGCGUGUUUUCAGUUAUGCUGGUACCCAGAAGCAAAUUAUAUCUUUACCCGGUCCUGUAGUAUGUAUGAGUGGUUACGAACAAAAACUUUUAGUUGUUUGUCAUGCUGGAAUAGGUUUGCACGAGUGUCAAAAUUUAGGUUUUAUAAUUUAUCAGAUUUGUAAUAAUUAUGUAAAAGUUGAUGUUCACUUUCAAACUUUACCCUUAUCUCCAAAGUCAACGUUAAAAUGGUUGGGAUUUUCCGAUGAGGGCACACCUUGUUCGUAUGAUUCGGCUGGAAUAUUACAAGCUCUGGGUCACGACUACAAACACUGGAUAGUUUUAUGCGAUACUAAAAAUCAACGAAAAUCAACAUCGGAUAAUUAUUUUAUCGUUGGACUAAGCGAAACGAAUCAAAACAUUCGUUGUAUUUUUUGUAGAAACAGUCAUUAUCCUUUGCUAAUAAAUAAUCCAACGGUUAUAGAAAUACCAUUGAAAAUGCCAGUUUGUGAAAUGGAAGAUGUGAAGUCUACUAACGAAGAAAUAUUUUGGAGACUCAUGUUUAGUACUCAUACGAUGCGGAAAAUUUCUCUUGAGAAAAAUGAAUUGUUUAAAAAGUUUGAAUUACCAAUGAACCAAGUUGUACUUCAGUUAUUUGCUGAUGCUGCUAACAAUUCUGAAGAUCUCAGAGCUAUGGAUUUAGCAACGUACAUGACUAAAAAUUUAUUAGAUGUUGCCAUUCGUUAUGCUAGUAAUCAAGGAAGAGCUUAUUUGGCUGAUAAAUUGAAAUUACUAGAACCUUCCGAAUGGAAUUUUAAUUAUGAUUUACCUUUUGAUAUUUUACCCAAUAUUAUUUACACAAGAGAAAAUCAAGAAAAAAAUUGUGAUCAACUGACUGAAUUUAAAAGAUCUUUAAAUUCACAACAAGAUUUGUUUGAAGAUUGUCCUGAAGAAAUAUCUGAAGAAAAUAACGGAACGGAUACCGUCACACUAAAAGCUUCUUCAUCUAAUACCCAUAAAACAAGCCACAAUCCAUUCAAAAAAUCAUCUGCAGAAAUUUCAAAAGAAAACGUAAAAGGUUUAAAAUAUUUCGAUACCAUAAAAAAUUCAAAACCAAAAGGAAAAAAUUGUUUCAAUCCGUUAAAAUUAAAAUUGAAUCCAAAUAAGGAUAAAAACACGGGAUCGAAAUCUAAACAUCCUACUUUUGUCGAGUGGUUUAGUAAAAAGAAAAAAGAACUCUCUGAUGAACAUCCCGACCUUUCUUCUACGGAUCUCACAAAAAUGGGAAUGAAAAUUUACAAAGAAAUAAUUAAAGAAAAUUUAGAAAAAGAACAAACGGAAUCAGAGUCUAAUUUAGUUUUAUCUGAAGGAAAAAAACGAAGUUUGGUAGAUGAGAAAGAGUCUAGUACUAAAAAACACAAAGAAUGUAAUGAGUUGUAA